UUGGAUUAGGAGACACAGUCGCUAGUUAUCGGCAUAAAUGGCACAGAUCUGUUAAUAAAAUGGGUAAGGGAACAUUUCAUCGAUUCAGCUAUGCGCGUUUAUAAAAUUCCCUGAGAGUCUUUGGAUUGGUAUCGAGUAAAACUGGUUUGCGGGUUUACGAGGGAAUUGAUGGCUGUUAAUAGAUCCAAAGCAAUAAUGUGUCUCUGGUACAGUAGAUAAACCAGGGUGCGUUCAAUGUACCGGGGUUAAUUAGUUACUGUAAGAUUCGGGUUUUCUAUUUCCUGGUGAGAGAAAAAAAAAAGAGAGAAAAAGAGAUAUAGCUCAUUGGAAGAGGAUGAUCUGCUGUAAUCCAAAUCCAAACCCGAAGCCGCAUAGAAAUGUAUAAUGGAGGAGGUGAGGGGUAUACAGGUUACUAAGUGCAUCCGCAUCUGGGUUUAAUGUUCCACCUCAUUCUGACUCACAGAGAGCCACGUGAAACAGUGUAGCCUCCGCCUGACAGGAGUGUUUGAUCAUCGAUAGUUAUUGUUACUACUGACAUUCUUCUGCUCGUGACCGGCUGUUUGAGGAAGCUACUUUAACCUUUGGAGAAGGAAAUUAGUCAUGUUGUAAAAACCAGCAGUUGACUAUGUGUCCUCAGAGCCCGGCUUUGAACAUGCCUCAGCCCAAGCUCAAGCUGGUGGUGACCGGGGAUGAUUUUGGGUACUGCGCUCGGAGAAACCGGGGCAUCGCCGAGGCUUUCCUGGCCGGUGGAAUCUCCAACACGUCUCUCCUGGUGAACGGAGCUUCUGCUGAACAUGCGGCCCAGCUAGCCAAGAGACAUUGCAUUCCUAUUGGACUCCAUGCAAACCUGUCUGAAGGAGCUCCAGUAUGUCGGGAGCUAAGAAGGUCCACACUCCUUAAUAAACAUGGCUUCUUUCAUGGAAAGAUGGGCUUCCGCGAAGUUCUGCGGAGUGGAAAAAUGAGCAUGACGGAUAUAGAGGUGGAGCUUAGGGCCCAGGUGAAGCAUUUCUGCGAGCUCACUGGUCACCUGCCCAGUCAUAUGGAUGGCCAUCAGCAUGUGCAUGUGCUGCCAGAGGUGCGAGAAGUGUUUGCACAGGUUCUUUCUGAUUUCGGCAUCCCUUACACACGGGUCCCAGUGGAGCCUGGUUUGCACUCCUGUCAUUUCCUACCUCCAAACCUCAGAGAAUUCUAUCUGCAGGUUGAGAAAGAUGCACUCCAGUCUGUGGAAGUCUUUCAUCGCCAUGGUAUCAGAUGGCCAAAUGUGUACUUGGGCCUCAGCACGAUGGGGCAGAACAUGUCCUUCUCCAACCUUAAAAGACUCCUGAAGUUUGCUCUGGAUGCACAGACAGCGCUGGACGCUCAGGAUGACAGCCUCUGUGCAGCGGAAUCGUAUCGGACAGUCACAGCAGAGCUGAUGGUGCACCCUGGAUACCCGAGUUUUCCACUGCAGGGUGGGUGUGGUGAAGGUCCGGAUGACUUCUCGCAGUCGGCUGAUCGUCUACAUGAAAUGAACAUGCUCAGAGACCCAGUGCUGCUUAGUUACUAUCAGCAGCAGGGAAUUCUGCUCUGUGCUUUUAAUGACUUGUGAACAUUAAGGGCUGCUUAAGCAGGUCCUCAGGUGCUGCACGUCUCAAUGGGAUCUCUAACAGAUAACACCUAACUUUGUUAAUUAGCUGUUCUUCCAGUCCUCCUGGGAUAAAUUAAUUACCUAGUCAGGUGUAUAGCAGCCGUGAGAUUGUUUUUCAGAUCACCGGAACGUUCGGGUUCUUACCAGGCUGUAAAAUGAUCCAGGAUCAUUACCUCAUACUCUUUACACUGUGACCGAGGUCUGGGGUCAUGCUUCCAAUAACCGUUAUUAUAGUGUUUUAGAUAUUAUCCUUAUUUAAAGUGCGAACCAUUUUCAAAUAUGGGCUGUUCUCUUAAGAACUUAUAGA